CACCGCCGAAGUGAAGCACUAAACGCCUACUACAAGAGUCCUGCGACACUUCAGUAAAUACUACAUAAGAUUGUGCCCUCUUCAAAUGUAUAUAUUGAUCUUCCCCCCUCGUAGACGUAAAAGGGUAUUCCAUCUCUUCACCUAUACUCUCUAUCUUCAUAAAAGCGUUUCGCUAAAGUCCAUCCAUUCCAUACUACCAGACAUGUCUUCUUCCUACGACUGGCUUUGCUGCUACUGCAGCGAUGCAGUCAUCAGCCGCUCUGUCAGUGAGCAGUGCUUCAACUGUGGCCAUAUACUCUGCUCUAAGUGCGCCGUGGAAGACCCCAAGUAUAGCCUAGCUUCUGUUACCAAUAAACUACAAACAACACUCACAAGUAAUGGGCUCGAAACCAUUCGGUCAAUGUCGUCUUGCAUGCACGUGUACGAUCAACCACUGACAAGGAUCGACGUCCAAGAGAUUGAUCCAGCAUCCCAAUUCGAGGGGUGGUGAUCUAAGCGUUGAACUCUUGGGAGAGUGGUGGUGGUCUGUGGAGGCGGGUGAGGAUACUGGGUAUACGAUAUGGGGCCGUCUGACGUGUUAACCUUCCUUUUCUGUAUGCUUGACGUCCGUUUCCAGGGUUCUUAUAUUAGUUGUUCUUUGAUUUUCUUUUUCCUCCUAGAUUUGGACUCUGUGGUAUUAGCUAGUUCCUAUGCAUGUAAGCCUGGUGUCUAUGGUGUAUGUAGCAAUCACUAUUUUAUGUUUGGACCCCUACCUUCUAUGACAUUUCCAGGUUUAAUUGAUCGACAUCAUCAACGA